AUGCGAAUAUCAACUGCGUAUGCCAUAACACUCGUAGUGGGUCUUGGGCUCGCCAAUCAAAACUGGCAUGGGGCCGUCGAUGUCGAAAUAGCACCUCCCUCAUCGGGCGAUCCCAAGGGACCACAACACGCACAGGCCGUAGACAACAGCCAAAGCACAGGAAAUACAGGUGGCUCAGAAUCAUCCUCAGACAAUGUCCCAAGCCUACCAGCGUCGAUCUUGAGCGGGGCCAUGCAAACAGCUCACGCCUGUUUGAUGGCCGGGGCAUAUCUGGUCGUGUUCCCACUUGGCGCGAUUGCGACACAUAUUGGACCACAUGGACGUGGACAGUCAAAUGUCCAUAUAUGCUUUCAACUGAUAGGGGUGGCUAUGAUUGCCGUUGGGUUCGGGCUGGGAUGCUAUCUGGCAACUCAGACUGGGAUUAACUGGGACACUGCACACCCUCAACUGGGUACAGCCUUGAUCGGCCUGACAGUUCUCCAGCCUUUCAUUGGCUUUAUUCACGCACGCUUGGCCAUCAGCCAUAGAGAGGUCUUGCUCGUAUGGAAUAUCCAUGCGUGGUAUGGCCGAUUCCUGAUGGCCCUUGCCGUCGUACAAGGCGGUAUAGGUUUGCAGCUGGCCAACAAAUAUAGCCCGUCUCCCCCGGGAGCUCUCGCGGCAUUUCUUGUUGUAGCAUUGCUUAUGCUGUUGAUCUACGGCAUCGUGGCUUUCAGAGACAGGGGGAGGAGGAGAAGGAGAGUCGAGAGGCGGAUAGCCGCCCACAAGGAAAUGCAGCUCAAGAAACAGAAACAGCCUCAAGCUCAAGGGCAGACACAACAGCAGGCUGGUGAUCCACAGAAACUGUACUCGCCACUGCAGAUUUCUAUCCCUACCACUCCCCUCUACCAACCGAGUCCUCAGACUCCAGCAACCAACAAUUUCUCACGACCCAUGACACCCAGACCAAGGACCCCGAAGACACCCGGUGUGGUGUCAUCAGUGGCGUCGGCAUACCCAAGGGAAUAG